AUAAAUGCACUCAGGAGGGUUGGGUUCUGUUUCACCCAUUUAUUAAUAAACACAAACACAGGCUCCAUGUUAUCUUAGUGACACACAGCAUUAGAGGGGGACGCUGCUUCAGGAAGAGGUAUUUAAUGGAAGCCACAGAGCCAGCAGACUCCAUCACGGAGACGGACAUCAUGGAAGAACUUGGGAACCAUUUCCAAAAGUGCAUUGAUGAGGUAGAUCGGCUUGUAGCUCAGAGGGAGAGUCUGGCUCAUGAGAUCAUCGUACUCCAGGAACCGAUGCUGCGGGAGAUCAGAGCACUGCAUGGGGAGCUGACUGCUGCCUGGAAACAGAAAGCCAAGGCGGAGCUGGAGUGCCACAGCCUGAGAGAAGAGGUACGCCUGGUCAAGUGGAGCCUUUUCAAGACUACUAGAGAGUGCGUGCAGUGCCAGUACACGCUGGAGAACCAGCGGCAUGAUGUGGCCCAGUUUUCAAUAUCCCAGGAGGAGCUCCAGAACCAAGUCUGCUCUCUUUCUGAGGAGCUUUUGCAGCUCAAGGCUGCCCAGCAGCAGCGCUUAGACCAGUUCAGGCAAAAACUAGAACACUCCCGCAGGCCCAGAAGAAGCCUGGACCUGACGGACUGUCGCAGGUUGUCUCUGGACUUUGAAAGCUACCUGAAGGACGGCAGGAAGAGCGUGGAGGAGUUUUACGAGCCCAAGGUUGUCAGCCUCUUGAAACGGAGGCAGGCCAGCAUGGAGGAUCUGCGGCGGACCCGGGAGCAAGCCGAGGACCUCAAGGACAAACUGGGGCCCCUCAAGAGAGAGGUGGAAGGGCUGAGUCUGCAGAGGACCUGUCUUGAAGAACGGGUGAUGCUCAUCCAGAGAAAGAGGGACGAGGAUGUCUUACAGUAUCGGGAAACAUUGGAAAGACUGGAAGAGAGCAUCAGGGAACUGAAAACUGAAGUGCAGCUGCAGGAGAGAAAAAAGAAAGAGAUGGAAACCUUGAAGAACAGCCUUUCACAAGAGCUUACGGUUUACAAAGGCUGCAUUGAAGUUUAUGAAAAUAUUUUUACUGCCACCGAGAAGCCAAAAGACACAAAAAAAGAACUUUCCUGAGAAGCUAGCUCUCAAAUCCCAGAAGACAUAUAAUGCCUACUUCUAUAAGCAUUUAAGAAAAUAGUCGAUACCAAAAAUAAGCCAUUUUUAGACUUUGUUUCAAUCUAGUGUCCUCCCCCAUGACCAACUUACACCAAACUACCCUCCAUACAAAAAGGUAAAU